AUGGCUGAAGACAAUGAAGAGGUUCGCCAACCCAAUCCGCCAGCACGGCAAACCACCUUGAGGGACGAAGAUACUCACAAUAGGCUGUUUGCAAAUCGAUCUGCGAUUCAACCUCCUGCUCCUGCGAGACAAGAUUAUGAGAUCAAGCAUAGCCUGAUCAAUUUGGUCCAGAAUCGUGUGUUUAAUGGAUUAGCAUCAGAAAGUCCUCUGGACCAUAUUGAAGCUUUUGAGAGAUUGGCUAGUACUACAAGGUCUAAUGGACUUCCGUAUGAUUAUCUCAUGUUGACUUUGUUCCAAUUCUCCUUAGGAGAUAAGGCUUUGAGAUGGUUAAAUCUCUUGGACCAAGGAUCACUUACCACUUGGGAGCAAUGUAGAGCAGCGUUUUUAAACCACUUCUACACUAAGUCACGAUCAGCUAUGUUAAGGAGCAAGAUUACUACCUUCUCACAAGGUGGUACAAAGUCUUUUUGUGAAGCGUGGAAGAGAUUCAAGGAGUAUAUGAGGGAUUGUCCUCAUCAUGGCUUUUCACAAGAGAAUCUUAUGAACAUCUUCUAUGGAGGAAUUGACCAGAAGUACCAGAUGGCACUCGAUACCGCCAGCAAAGGAGAUUUUUCUACUAACAGUGCUGCUGAAGCAAACCUCUUGAUCGAAAACCUUGCAGCGAGUAACAGCAAUCAUAGCCAUGAGUAUGAUCGUUCUAUGCGUGUUAUUGGCUCCGUGACUACAGAUGUUAUUAAGAGUCUCACUGCCAAGGUAGACCAUCUUUUAAAGAGAGAUCAACAAGUUGUCAACAUGUGCGACGGGCAUACGGGUGUGUAUCAGCAAGUUGGAGUAAAUUCAGAAAUCAUCCUAAUCUCUCUUAGUACCAAUGUCGAGAAUCCUCAAGAUCAAGUGUAUCCUCCACAUAGUCAACAAGGUAACUUCCCGCAAGGAUUUCAGAACAAGGGUGCUGGAUUUAAUAGCUCAAAUGUCCAAGGAUACCACGCUCCAUCUGCAGUUUCACAAGAUAACAAACUCGAAUUGAUGAUGCAAGCACUACUGGACGGCCAUAAGAAAAGUUCUGCUGAUAUUAAUGCCAAGAUUGAUAGCAUGUACAAUGAUUUGAACAGGAAAUUUGAGAGGUUGAGUUCACGUGUUGAUUCUAUUGAUAAGAGAGUCUCUGCUAUUUCUUCUAGCUCUAAGAACAAAGAGUCAUGCAAUGUUAUAACACUCCAUGGUGGAAUCGAAGAUGGGUUGAGUUGUGUUGUGAUCAACUCACGUUUGGCUUCCUCAGAGACAGGAUCGAUCAGUCUUGAGCCUAGACCGGCCAGUCCCAUCCAUUCUGAUAAUUCGAGUAUGAUCUCCAGAGAAUUUGGAUCGACCAAUCCCCCUAUAGAUCAGUCAAUCCCAUCAAUAACAUAUAACCUGUCUCAGAAAGUUUCAGAUCGGUCGAUCUAUGUCCAGACCGAGGCAGUAAAGCAUAUCUCUUUGUUUAAGAAAGUUUACAAUGAUGUUGUGAUUGAAGAAAAGGAUUUGGUGGAGGUUAAAGCGCUUUUGGCUCUAGAGAAGAACAUUCAUGCUCCAUCUUUGAAAAGACUACCCAAGUUAGAAGAUCCAGGAAAAUUUGUUGUUCCAUGCUCCAUAUUAGGAGUGAACUUUGAGGAUUCCCUUUGUGACACUGGAUCCAGUGCGAACGUAAUGUCGAAGGUUGUUGCAGAGAGGUUGAGAAUUGAUGAUAUGAAGGCUUCUAAGGUCUCUCUAAAGUUUGCAAAUGCUGUCAGCACGACUCCACAAGGCUUCAUUAAUAAUUUAGAUGUUCAAGUUGGGCGUUGCUUGGUUGCUACAGAUUUUCAUGUUGUGGAAAUGAGCGAGGGUUCUGAAAUACCUUUGAUUCUUGGGAGACCUUUCUUAGCAACAGUGGGAGCAGUUGUUGACUUGCCUAAUAAGAGGAUAAAUUUCUCUAACAUUGAUGAUAAGGUCUUCUACAACGCAAUCAUUGCAAAUGAAGCUAUACGACAUGGCUCUUUUCUAGUUGUAGAACAUGAGAACAAGGUGGAUGUCAUGAUAAUGGGAGAGAAUGGUGAUAAGAAUGAGGUCGACGAAAUCCUGGAUGGAGACAUUCAUUCUCCUGAGAAGAGGUCUAAGAAGGUUAAGAAGAGAGACAAACCGAAGAUAGAGAGAGUAAUACCAGAUCUUCACAUAACCUUGGUACCCCAUAAAUAUGCUAGAGACACCAUUGAGUACAAGGUGAAGUGUAAAGGAAUAUCUCGGUCUUUCUCUAAAGUUAAAGUCAUCCUCACUCCGGAGUUUAAAGAGAAAGGCCAAGAAGCAGUGGAUGGUAUGCUGAAAAAGAUUUUGGAGCUUAAGUUGACGAAUUGGAGAGCUUGUUCUGAUAUGAGUUCUCAUCCUCCCAUCACUUGA